AUGUGUGUGUGUGGAUUUCUCCGUCUGUGUGUGAAGGUCCCCAUGAAGACGAUUACCAUUAUGGAGCUGUUGUUGUCACCCAAGGACGCUCCACUACCCCCCGGUGUACUAGAGAUAUCGUUGGGGAAUCUGAAGGAUCAGAGCAUGUCGAUGAAAUCCAUGGGCGUGUAUUCAGCAUCCAUACCUGUGCGCGGGCAAGAGCUAUCACAGCUGGAACUCGACCUCAUCAAGGUAUCUGUCGGUGCAGAGCUACAGCUGGAGGACGUCACUUUUGUAGUGGGGUGUAAUGAGCUUGACCUGCUCCUACAGACUUUGUGCACCAACACCCGCACAUGGCCUUACGACCCAACCGGUGCUGUGACCGUAGAAGGCGGUAUCAUGCACAUCCGCAAUUUGACCUCCAGAGUGCCUGGGGAGGAUAAGGACAGCACCCCGGGGGCAGGUGGCGAGGUGCGGUGGUCCAACGUCACGAUAAUGUGCCCGGUGGCCGAUAGGCCAGCUCGUAAGGCCUGUGUGGCUCGGGCUGUGUCGAGUGGGUCGGAGCUGUAUGCAGCUGCCAGGAAGGCCCUGGUGGAGGAGGAGGGAAACACGGUACUCCUGUCUAUCACCGGUGACGUGGCGCUACCUACGGAUGGCAGCUGGGUGACGAUUCCGCUGCGUCCGGACCAGCAACUGGUGUUGUUAGGCGACCCCACACGGCCAAGCACCAGUACCAUCCAGCUGGACCUGUCUGGAAUACCAGACGCGUGGAGUAUUCAACAGCCGGAAAACAGCAACCCCACUGCAUGCGAGGGGCCUCGACGGACUAGCCGGCCCGUUGCCUUGCUGUACGACCUGCUGCUCGUCAAUUUACCCUACCCGACCGAGCCCCAAGGUCCCAUGAGCCUGCUUGCUGCAUCCCUGCCUUGCUUCACGGUCGUUAGGGGGGUAUUGUGGAGCGAGGGAGCCACGCAGCUGAGUCUCACUCGCAGCACCAUUGUCGUCCCGGAUAGAGAGCUGAUCUUCCUCGCGGCAGCUGUAGGGCGCAAUAGCAGUGAUGUCUGGCCGGGGCAGCCGCAAGGCGGCUUCCUCAUCACAGUCGAGAAGAGCACACAUUAUCACCAGAUAGAACAGCAGAUGGAAUCGCAGCAGCAGGUCCCGGAACCCUCGGCGACUGCUCGUGAAUUCCGUGGGUCCUCGGACCCCCCGGGGCGCCUAUCUGUGCAAGAGCUCAAGCUCCUGUCGGAGGUACUGUUGACCGACUGCGUGCUCAUGUCCACAAGCAGCUACCAGCAACUGCCAGGUGCUGUACCGUUAACGCCCCAGUCAUUGACGUGGUUGCCGGAGCUGUUGGAAGCAAAUGAUCUGGAAACCGUCAAUCGCUGGGGCCAUGGAGGCCUGGCGAUAUUCCCAGGACUACAGCAGGCACUCGAAGAUUUGGUUUCCUGCGGUGUGCGCGACGGAUACAACCCCGUCAGGCUGAUUUGGAGACAAGACGACACCAGCAUCCCACAGCUGGAUGCCAUCUGCAACUCCACCGCGAUCAUGCCCGCGGCCGCCAGCACGACCGUGCGGGGACCCGCGGCCGACACCUGCAUCGUGGAUGGUUCUUCCUCCGCCAGCAGCGUCACCACCCGCCAGGGGAUGACGACGACGCGGCAGAAGGAACGAGGUCCACGACGACAUGCGUUCUCUGAUCUACAGGGUGCCGUGAGCCGCAUCGCACUUGCUCGUCCCAUCACCCUCCGGAACCUGGUGUUGUACAAUCUGGCGCCCGGUGGCGCAUACCCGGUAGCUGUAACGGCGCAGCAGGAGGGGUCGUCGCUCCCUUCACUGCGCCCCUCCGAUGUGGCCUGGGCAAAUAGCGCUUUACCCCUAUGGUUCUUCGAAUUCGUCAGGUCCACGGAGGCGGAUGUCAGUUGCCAGCUGACAGAGGAAAACUACAGCAAAAUUGCGACUAAAUCAACGGAUGUGCACACGGCAGCUGCGGCAAACUUUACCGACAACAACAACCUCCUGCAGCAGCAGCACACGACCAGCUGCCCUCUGAUAUUUCUGGAGAACGUGACGCUCGUUGUUCCGGAGCCUGAGUGGCAGGCCUUGGUGGCUGCCGUACUGAUGGUGCAUUACCCAGAGGUCUUUUGGCAGAAAGCUGCGCCUGCGGGUCGUGAACCCACCAGCAGUGACCAGGGGGCUGCAGGAGCUGCGGGGGACUCCUCCACUCCGACAACCCUAAAAAGCAAGCUGGCUGAGAGUGGUGUUGCGUCAACCCUUGUUGGCAGCGUCGAAGACACUAUAGCGAGUAUCGGAGGCCUUCCAGGGUCGCCAUCUCCGCCAUCACCCCCGCAUUCACCGCCGUCUUCUCCCGACAACGCUGACACAACACGGGCAGCGCUACUGGGUUUUGCCACCGCCUCUCAGGUGCUGUCGUACAACCACAGCUCAGGCGAGCUGGUACUGAAGGUUGCUCGUCAUUAUGGCUGGAUCGGCAGCACCGUCACGAUCACGCACAAGCUGCCUGCUGACGCGCCGGACAGCGCCAAGCUCCUGACGUAUCCCAACCUCUCCUUUCCACACCAGGAUGAUGACGACGAUUUUAAGCUCGCAGGCGUGGACAUCGACUUGUGGAUCGAAUCUUCCCCGAGCCAACCGCCGCCAGCUGGGGGAACCCCGCCAUAUUCGCCCCUCGCAGCCAAGACCCGGAUUGACCAAGACCCGGAUUCCAGCACCAAGGAACGAGCGGCCUACUACAACGACAAAAUCGGCAACUUACGCUCGGGCUCAUCACAUGACCACCAGGCGGUCGAUGAGGUUUGGAAAGUUGACAGCAGCAAGUCCUCGGCCGCGCUGGUGGUGCCUAGGCGCCACCGCGGCCCUCGGAGUAUGUCCGACGCGAUAAAGGCGAUUCACGCUGAACUCAGAGAUGCUGAGCUUCGACUGGAUUACGUGAUUGGCAGCGGUGCUUCAGGGGCGGUGUACAGCGGCGUAUGGCGGGGCCUGCCUGUGGCGGUCAAGACACGUGUAGUGGUGACCGAUCUGCAUGAGGCCAAGGAGGGUAGGGUGAGGCAGCAGGCGGCGGCGGUGUUGGAGGCCGCCAUCUCGCUCAGCAUGUCGCACCCCAACGUCGUGGUGACAUACUCGUACGACGUGAAACCGCUCGUACACGCGCCUUCAGAGGCGGACGAUGGCACCGGCACGCAGCAGUCUGGCAGCGAUGAUGCAGCCGCCGGCGCCGCCGCCGGCGCCGCCGCCGCCGCCGCCGCCGCCGGCAGCAGCCGAGAUGCUGCUGAACGGUGUGCGGCGCAGCUUGGAACAUGUGACGUCAUGAAGCUAUAUAUCGUACAGGAGUACUGCAACGGUGGCACGUUACGGAAGGCCCUCAACCAGGGCAUGGCGGGGUGCGUGCGAGCCGGGGGCUGCGCACGUAUGUUGGCUGUCCGUCUGGCGCUUGAUGUUGCGGGAGGAAUGGCACACAUCCACAGCUGCCGAAUUGUACACGGCGACCUCAAGCCCGAGAAUGUGCUGCUGACGUUGACGAGCCUGCGACCCGACUCAAGGAGCCGAACGGACUUCGCUUCUCUGACAUCAGCAUCGGCAUUAGCGACAGCAGGCGGUGGGAAGGCUGCUGUUGGACUCAGCGCCCCGGCAAUACCUGUUGACAGCAGCACUUCGAGCGGCUCGGCAGUGGCGGCCUCGCUGCCUGUCCCCGUGUCCGCCAAGGUGGCGGAUUUCGGUCUGAGCACCCGCCUAGCUGAGGGAGCCACACACGUCUCUGGAUGCUUCCAAGGCACUACCACGUACCUAGCCCCGGAGGUGGUCGGCAAGGGCCAACUCUCACCCGGAGCCGACAUCUGGGCGUUUGGACUGAUCCUUGUGGAGCUCUAUUACGGCUGCUCGUUCCAAGACGUGGAAACCGCUUACUCAGCCGCCGCCCCGAUGGGCUCCUCCUCCGAGAACUACGCCGUCGACUACUCCUUGGGGACGAAGUCGCAUGCACAGGCAUUUCUCGAGGACAUUUUAGCGUCCAUGGCUGACCGCUCCUACGCGGCACUUGCGGAGGGGUGCCUGGCAGCGCCCCCCCAGGAGCGGCCCAGCUUCAGAGAGCUGGCAGCCGCGCUGCGGACCUUGGCGGAGGAACAGCAGCAGCAGCAGUGA